ACUCCGAUUAUUCUGCCAUAAAGCUGUGCACCGUUUAAGUUAUGUACAGUGAGAUUUGUACUCCUUUGAUCCUCAUAAGCAACAAAAGCGAACCCCUUUGACUUUCCUGUACCUUUAUCUCUAACAAGAUUGACAUCAACAACCUCCCCAUACUGGGAAAAAACGGAGAUCACCUUCAGUGAGGUCAAAAGGCAUGACGCCAACAAAUACAUAAGCUGAAUCUUUGUAUCUGGCAUUCCAGGAUGCUUCAUAGGAGAUUCCCAAAGAUGCUUCUUUAGCACUAAUAUGCCGAAUAAGCUUCACUAGCGUUAACGGAUUCAUUGAAGUAUUCCAAUUCCUCAAAACUCUAAGAAGUCGUUUAAGUGAUACAAAGAUUAGUUUAUGUGUUGGAGAUAUUUGGUACAAUCAUUAUUUUAUUCAUCCUCAAAUAGCUUUCCUUUGAAUGAAAUAAAUAUCAAAUUUUAAACAAAUUUGGUUUCUUACUCCAACUUUGAAUAAUUAUUUCCAACUCAAUAGGCAGGAACCAUGGGACCUAGACAACCGUGGCAUGACUUGCAUUGCAAGAUUGAAGGACCUGCUGCAUAUGAUGUACUCACGAACUUUGAGCAGCGGUGGAAAAAAGCCACAAAAUGGUCAGAGUUUGGAAGACGUUUAAAAAAGAUAUCUCAUUGGCAUGACGAUGCUUUGAUUAAAAUAGAAAGGAUUUCUUGGAUUAUAAGUCCUACCUCUUCUGUUUCAAAUGAUGACCAAUCUUUGUGGGUUACCAACGAAGAUGAUCCGGAAAACUGGCAUGUUCAGGUCUUUCGCUCUAUUGAUUCAGGGUCUUUGAAAGGAUUUCCAAAAGAUUGUUUGUUGGCUGAAUCACAGAACCUUGUAUGUGCAAAAAAUUUGGUGAUCGAUAAAAGCAUCCAGAUGGCAUAUAUUCAAGCAAUAAGACGGGCACAACAUUUUAUCUAUAUUGAAAAUCAAUAUUUCCUUGGGUCAUCAUAUGCUUGGCAUUCAUAUAACGAAGCAGGUUAUUAUCAUUACUAGGAAUAAUAGUUGUUCCUAAAUACAAAUUUAAUGUCUCCGACUGAUGCAGCUUUUUCUCAUUUUAUGUUUGGUUGGGUUAAAGAAGAGGCUUAGGUGGAAGGUGAAUUAGGUGGAUUGGAAGGGACACUUUCCUUGUUUAAUCAUGAACAAAUAACUGGGUAAAGUAAUAUUGUAGGCCGCUGAACCCUUAUAUUUCAAAAGUUGUGAUGGCCUUCAGUUUUGGAGAGAAUUAUUACGAUACUGAUGAAAAAUAGUUAAAUUUCCCUUAUGGUUCAAAUCCCCCUCUUCAUCAAAAGAUAGGUGAUUGAUCUUAUUUGUUUACGCAUUGGUGUAUAGAGUUAGUUGGUACUUAUGUUGGUGAGGUACCGGAGGAUUAGUCGAGUCUUUUUCUUGUACUUCCUUUUACACUUAAUAUGGAGAUAACCCUUUUUCUUUGAAGUGAAUUAUGUCAAUCCACUGCUUUCCAUUCCCUUCUAAUCCCCUUUAUUUAGCCAAACUAAGUGUUAAAAACAUACUAUAAGUUGAAUUCAUCAUUGCAUGCCUACUGCUUUUUCUUUUUGGCAAGUGGGGAGAUGCAUUAAUUAAGAGAAGAGUUAUUUUACAAACAUUGCCUAUCCAGGCGCAAAAACAAAGUUGCUUGAGUUAACAGCUACACUAGGUACAGAUCUUGAGAAGGUUUUUCCUUUAAAAUCAUCCCAAAAAACUACUCCUACACUAGCUGGUGGAGUUACAAAAAUGUAGAGUUUGUCAAAAAGGUCCUUUUCUGAGCCUUGCUUGGCUAGCAUGUCCGCUACUCUAUUCUGCUCUCUGAAGGUGUGCUGGACUAGAGGAUUCUCCAAGCUCUCUAGUAAGGACCUGCAAGCAUUUAUAAUAGAAUCAUAAAGAAGGUUACCAUGCCUUAACAUAUUAAUAACUUCCAUUGAGUCAACACAAACCUCAAGAGGUUUGAGGUUUUGAUGAAGAGCAAGGUUCAGGCCCUCCUUGAGGGCCAUUAGCUCCAUAAGGUUGUUGGUAGCAAGGGUGUAACUUCUGCUAAAUCCCAUAACCCAGUCACCUUAUUACCCCCUUCCAGGAUUUCCAAGGCAUGAGCCAUCCGUAUUCAGCUUGAAAGAGUUUUGGUGAGGGGGGAGCCAACUGAUCAGAUCUGUCUUAGGGAUGGUAGUUGACAUUCCCUAAAGAGUGGUAUUUAAUAGACU